AGGGAAAGGAAGGUGGGCAGAGGAGCAGCUGCUGCUGCUGCUGUUGGUCCCCGGGGCAUCCGGGCUGGUGGCGGCUCCGGCUUCUUCAGCUUUCCUCCUGCGCGCGUCCCUCGCCUCCUGCGCCCGAUCCCGGCUGGGUUGGGGACGUGGGCUGCGGGGGAGAGCCAUGAACCGAGGCUUCGGCUCGGCGGCGGAUCGCAACAAGGAGCCCAUCCUGGCCGUCCUGCGGGGCUACGUGGGGACCCGGCCGGGCGUGCAAGCGCUGGAGGUGGCCUCGGGCUGCGGGCUGCACGCGGCGCAUUUCGCCCAAGCGCUGCCCAACCUGGAGUGGCAGCCUUCCGACGUGGAUCCCCAAGCCCUGGCGAGCAUCUCAGCGUUUAUCCAAACGCUCCAGCUCUCAAAUGUCAAGCCGCCCAUCUACCUGGACUCCUCCCAGAGCUGGGAGACUUGGGGAGGCCUGCGCCCGAAUUCUUUGGAUCUCAUCGUCAACAUCAACAUGAUUCAUAUCUCAGAAAUGAAGUGCACUCAGGGUUUGUUUCAGGGAGCUGGAAAACUACUCAAACCCAAAGCAGUGAUGAUCACCUAUGGACCCUACGCAGUGAAUGGUUCCAUCACUCCACAGAGCAACGUGGAUUUCGAUUACAGGUUGAGGCAGAGCAAUCCAUCUUGGGGACUCAGGGACGUGGCUGUCCUGCAACAGCUUGCUGAAGCCAACGGGAUGCGGUUGGAAAACAUGGUCGACAUGCCGGCAAAUAACAAGUGCCUCAUUUUCCGCAAACACUAAGUCGCUGGACUGCUGUCUCCACGAAGGAACUUCAUGGACCACUUUGAAAUUCUACGGAAGUCUUCUCCCUUGGCAGGAUUUCUUCUGCUGAGCUCUGCUUCUUGACACAUCCACGAGGAAGUGCUUAUGGGGUAUUGGGACCAAGUGCCAUCAUCAAUUCAUAACUGGGGGAGAAAAAAAACUUUCUGCAAGAAUUGUGGUCCAACAGAGAUGGUUGCUCUUGACUUUCUCUGGUGGACAGAGAGUAUGCUAAUGGCUCUUUGGAGUUGGGGGCUAGAUGCUUGCAUCCUUGGACAAAGGAGAGUUGGAGGACCACUGUUGUUCAUGCAAUGGCUUGGCCAGUGUGGUCAUGCACUUAUCUGCCUUGGGUAUUAAUGCUUUAGAAUCAGUUUUGGCUCCUGGGUUAUGGCACUCGCAUCACAAAUUUAGAGGCACCCCUCCAGCUCAGAAACAGGGUAUGUAAACAUAUCAGGGUACAUUAAACUCAGUUAACCAGACCGUCUCCCUAAUUAAACCUCUGGUUAACCAGCUGCAUGGUAGUUUGGUAGUCCUCCAUAACAAACCCUGCUUGGUGGAUUCGGAACACUGCACAUUGUAACCAAAGUUUGAAAUCCUGGUAUUUCAAAUUCAGGAUGCUUUAAAAAGGUCUGCGGGUUUUGAUUUGGGCAGCAUGGUGAGCCGCAAAUCCUGGUUAAUACACGACGGCUGGGAUUGGGAGGUGGACUGAGCGAUUUUGCUGGUUGUGAUGAGGUUGUGGCUUUGGAGAAAGGUUAUGAGUAGAGGCUUCGGAGUGGCAAUUUGGGAAGAAUGCCUUAAGACAGGGCAACUUGUGGAUUUCAACUCCCAGAAUUCUCCAGCCAACAGAAUUCGGAGAGCUGAAGUCCACAAAUAUUAAAAGUGGCUGAAGUUACAUGCUCUGGCUUUAAGAAGUCUGGAACGUAAUUUUUCCUCCUAAGUUACUAAAAUGUUUGCCGUUUAUUUCAGCGGAAGGGAAAAUCCACGACUCUCUAAUUUGCAUGUAGAAUACUCUCUCCCUCUAGUGGUGAUGUGUGGCAUAUCCAUGUUUCUUUAAUUAUUUGGGUGAUGUGUGAUAACCCUCAAAAAAUAGCCUCGGCUAAAAAUCAAGGUAAUGUCAGCUUACAUCAUCUGUGUUGCAUUUGGGUGCAAAUAAAUAUAACGUUUUGGCAUUCCUACACGAAUAUCCCUUGGUUGUUAUCCAGUUCACUAUCUACAGUGGAGCCAUUUGGAAAGGUAAAUCUGAUAGUGCGUCACCAGGGGGCAGUAUUCGAUCACGUUUGUCUGGGCUCAAAAGCUAAGCAGGGUCUGUCCUGGUUGCAACUUGGAUGGGCCUUCAAAGAACUCUAGGGCUGUAGGGAAACCGUAAAACAGC